AUGGACAUAUUAGACGCAACCUCUAAAUAUUUGCAUGGACUAAAUAGUAACGAAAACAAAAAUUUAAUAAGUACCAGAUUAAAAGCAGAAUUUGACCUUUGGAAGUCCAGUACGCCAGAUAUUAUAGACAGUGGAAUGUCACUGUAUUUAUCAUGUGAUGAAAACAUUUUUCCUUCAAUUAAUAGAUGCCUACAAUUAUUGAUUUCAUUGUCGGUAAGCGUUGCGACAUCUGAAAAGUUUCUCGCAUCUAAAGAGGAUAAAAACUUGGCAACGCUCCACUAUAUUACAAGAGCGAUUAGUGGGUUUAGCUCUUUUGUAUAUGCAUAGAGAUAUUAAAAUAGACGUGAAUACAAUCAUAGAUCGGUUCGCCAGCAAAAAGAAUAGGCGCCUUGAUUUUGUAAUAUGAUAACACCUGAACUUCGCCUAAGGUUGUUUCUUAAAUCCAUCUCCCUUCUUUUGGCCAAUAAAUAAAAAAGCAGAUGUAGUUAAGGGCUUACUUACGUUUAAACCACCACGGUGAUCUUUUCGAAAGUAUCCAAUCAAGAAUGUGGCUUUAUUUAUUGGACAGCAGAUUGAUAUAAAAGUCUGUUCAAAUCACUUUCUAAGCUAAUGUAAUGAUUGUUUUAUUUUGAGACUGUGAACUGAUGUAGUUUCAUAGUUUAUAUGUUUUUGUUUUUUGAGACUGGCUAAGAGAAUGUAGUUAUGCAAU